AUGACGCAUGGCCGACGAACAGGGCGGGGGAAGACCUUGGAGAAAGCUAGACGGAUGCUUCCUUCCUUCAACAGCCCAGACAAGUCACAGAAGAAGAAGAAGAAGAAGAAGAAGAAGAAGAAGAAGAAGAAGAAGAAGAAGAAGAAGAAGAAGAAGAAGAAGAAGAAGGAAGAUGAUGAGGAGGAGGAGGAGGAAGCUCAGCCGAGAAGAUCUUGCGGUGGAGAAAGAACAGCCGAAAACAGAGGAGUUGAUUGA